UGUCAAGUAUUUUUGUGAUUUGCAAUAAAAAAUAUACUUUUAUAUAUGAACACAAAAAUUUAUUUGUAUACAUAUUUAACUGCCAUUCUUCUUUCUUAAAAUACUGCCGAAUGUCCUCUAAGCCGAGAAAACAAACCGGCAGUUUUGUCAAUGAUCCUUCUGCCAUUAAUCUCAUACAGCUCAGUCCACGUACUGAGUUGUUUCAAAAUGAACGAGGUCCGUAUACCAUGGCGAAUCAUAGUUCCAAGACGAACUUCAUCGGUGACACCGUUAUGCAUGAAGGGCCGCGUGCGGUUGCGGUUAGUGAAACAGGCGAGAAACAUUGUAUUCACCUGGAAGAGGAUAAUAUGCAGACGAAUUUGAAUCCAUUCACCGUAGCUUCUCAGUGUUCUCAGGUCUUUUCGAUGCCAAAGAAUACCGUUUCGUCAACGAAAAUUUCUGGUUUUGGAAACGAUUGUUCGAGACUCAUCACUACCAAACGUUCCAAAGGCUCACGUCGCCAUUCCAACCAGAAGACGCGACCGAUUUUUACACCACGCAAUAUAGACAAAAUUCCGACACGCUUCUUCAAUGAUGACGCCAAAACUAAAGCGGUUUCACCGCAUAUAAAUGCGCAAACUCAAACAGAGAUCAACACUAGUUGCUCCGCUUUAACACCACGCGCAUAUCAUCCACCGCCAGUGGUACCGCCGCUACAGAUUCCUCGUCGUUAUGUGCCCCGCGAAACAGUUGGCGACAUGCUCGACAGCUCCCGAAGACAGCCGCUCAGGGUGUUGCCGUUACCGUGUGAAAAGAAGUCAUUUAAAAAUUAUUCAGAAUUGCGGAGCAUUGCGUCUGCUCUCACUUUAAUAACCGUUGUUUCUUGGCUUUUUUCGAUAUUCUUUGAACUGGAGGGCAUGUUCGAUAUGUUGGGCGGCAUUUUACGUUUUCUAACUAAUUGGUAUAACAAAGAGGAACCACCUAUGACGAAGGUCGAGAUGUUUGUGCAAUUUGCGCGAAAUUUGUGGUAGCCAAGGUGUGACCCAAGUGAUUUUUAUUGAUGUCUAUUUAUUUCGAUUUUUUGAAAUUUAAACAAGAAAUGUUAAUACGUAACUAGAUUUGAUGGCAUAGACAAUUAAACAAAUGAUUCUAUAUGACCUUGGAAUUUUUAACGCUAAAUCGUAACAUUUACUGAGAUCAUGUA